GAGCUGAAGGAAAUCAGUGACAGUAGAUUGAACAUCGUCAAGCUUGAUGUGACCUGUGACGAAUCCAUAAAGAGCGCUUACAAAGAGGUAGAAAAGAUCGUUGGCGAUAAAGGUCUCACGGUACUCGUGAAUAACGCUGGCAUGUGGGUGAAGUAUUUCACAAAUCAAGAGCCCAAUCGAGCGGAUCUCAUCAAGAAUUUCGACACAAAUGCAGCCAGCGUGGCUGUCCUGACACAGACCUUCCUGCCUCUCGUGCGUAAGGCGGCCGCUCAGGUGUCCUCGGAUGAGUUCUCCGCGAACCGUGCUGCAAUCCUUAACAUCUCAUCAGGAGUUGGUUCCAUUAGCACAAACACGUCAGGGUCAGGAAAGUUUGGCGCAUUGGCCUACCGUAUGAGUAAGUCUGCCCUCAAUUCCCUCAUGAAGACUAUGUCUAUUGAUCUCGAACCUGAGCACAUUCUCAUUGUCAGCUUCUGUCCUGGAUGGGUGCAGACAGAUAUGGGAGGACAAGGCGCAUCGAUUACGGUCGAAGAGUCAGCAUCUGCUCUAGUUUCCCCAUUUGCCAAAUUG